GACGUCAUGGCCGCGCUGCACGACGCGCUGGCGUGCCUCAGGCCCAAGGACUUUGACGAGAUCCCUACCGACAACCUCCACGACUUCCUGCCCUCCAUCCUGGCAAAAGCUGAGCUGAUUGCCAAUUCCGUGCCUCCGCCUCCCAAUGGCGCCCCCUACGAGUCGGCAGAGCGCUCGCGAACAGAGCCACAGCCUGCGACGAGCGCCAAGGACCUCACCGUGUCCCAGGUCCGCCGUCCGCCGCCCGCCGCCGAGCACGAGGAGCUGCAAAAGGCAUGGGGCAAGCCUCUAAAGAUGGGCAGCGCCGAUGCUGCCACGGGAAUGAGCGUCUUCAAAAUGGCGGGCAACGACCGGCACGGAGCGUGGUUCUCGCGGACCAGCGUACAUGAAGGCCUGGGCUUCGCCAAGUGGAAGCGGGCCAUGCAGAGGGAAUUUGAAGAGAGCCUGCAGGUCCAGGGCGGUCCAGGCGAGGGCAAUGUGCGAGGUAUCGGAGGAGACCAGAGGCUCGAGGACAUGACUGUGGAGGGCGUGGGACAGCUGCAAGUAUACCAGCUUUCCGCUCAGUUCCCAGGUCCAACCUCGCCGCGAGAGUUCAUCACCCUCCUCAUCACCUCGGAUACUUGUCUUAGCGACGCUUCGAAAAUCGGCGACUCAAUCCCUCGUCACUUUACGGUCGUCUCCAUACCCACCACCCACCCGGAUGCGCCGCCGCGAAGUAACAUGGUGCGGGGCUACUACGAGUCGGUCGAGAUGAUUCGAGAGAUACCACUCGCGGGCGGCGACGCAGAAACCAAUCCUGUUGAGUGGAUAAUGAUCACACGCAGUGAUCCUGGAGGCGGCAUACCUCGCUUCAUGGUGGACCGAAACGUGCCCAGCAGCAUCGUACAGGACGCCAUCAAGUUCCUCGAUUGGGCCUGUGCAAAGGACGACGACGAAUUAGAAACGGACGCUGACACACGCGAUCCCCGGCGGAGUAUGUCCAUGGCAGAUACAAACGGCAAUUCGGCGGGAGUCGGAACCAGCAUAGCGGACAGGCCCCCGCAUCAUCAAGUCAUGUCAUACCAGAGCAGUCAGCUCGACUUGCAGCGCACCGAAUCUGUUAGCUCCACAAGUACCUCAUCCGCACAGUCAUUCGCCUCGGCCGAACAAUUCACCACUGCCCGCGACGGCAUUCCAGUUGACACCUCUAUCCCAACGCCAUCGACAUCUUCUCAGCACUCCUUGGCGACAGCAGACGAAAGUCGUCACGAAAAAGGCCUGCACAAGAUUGAGGAGAAAAAGGACCAGCUCAAGGCAAAGCUGGAAACGGCCCGAGAAAAGCUGGACGGUGAACUGCAGGUUGAGAGUGCAAAGACGGAAAAGGAGAUCCAAAAGGCAAAUGAAAAACACGAAAGAGAAAGGAGAAAGCAGGAAGAAAAGUAUCGGAAAGAGCUCCGGAAGCUCGAGGAACGCCGGGAAAAGGAAACACGCAAACUGCUUGCGCGCCAACAAAAAGAAGCAGACAAGAAGCAGCUCAGCAGGGUCCAGCGGGAGCGGAAUGAAUACAAGCAGCGAAUGGAACUGCUGGAGCAGGAGAACAAGCUGCUUAAGAAGCAAAUUGGCGAAUUACAACACGAGAAUACGGUAAUCGUUUCCCGGUUAGGAAGAUCAGAGGAGGGCGUCAAGUUCCUCAAGGCGAUCAAGGAGCAGGAAGACAACCCUAGAACGAGAGCCAACUCGAGGAGUUCAGACCGGAGCGGGAAGAGUGUAAAGAGCGGAAGGAGAAGCAAAAAUUCGAGUGACUCGACCAGUACGGGCACGCUAGCAAGGGCAGGAACCACCCAUUUUUAAUCUUUCUUUACCGUAUCCUCAUUUCCUUUUUUUUUCUUAGCGUCGGUGUUUAUUUCUUGUUUUCCUCGGGGGCAAGUCUUCUUAUUAUCUGGCACACCACUGUACAUACUGCGUCUCCGCCAAUUAGAUUCCUUUGGGCUGCAUCGAGACGGCGCACGGAGUAACCGGGGGAUGUCGGGAGGGGGUUUGUUCGGUACAUGACGAAAAACACAAUCAGACCAAUUAAAAAUAAUGUAUGAAUGAGAAC